AUGCCUCCAAAGAAACAAGUUGAAGAAAAAAAACUAUUGUUAGGUCGUCCAGGUAACAACUUGAAGGCCGGUAUCGUGGGCCUUGCUAACGUCGGUAAGUCUACAUUUUUCCAAGCCAUCACCAGAUGUCCUUUGGGUAACCCAGCAAACUACCCUUUUGCCACCAUCGACCCUGAAGAAGCCCGUGUCAUUGUGCCUUCUUCAAGAUUCGACAAGCUGUGUGAAAUUUACAAGCCAGCAUCUAAGGUGCCAGCGAAUCUGACCGUGUACGAUAUUGCCGGUCUAACUAAGGGAGCUUCUGCCGGUGAAGGUCUGGGAAAUGCUUUCCUUUCGCACAUCAGAGCCGUGGACUCCCUGUACCAGGUGGUCCGUUGUUUCGACGACGCUGAAAUCAUCCACAUCGAAGGUGACGUGGAUCCGGUGCGUGACUUAGACAUCAUCAACACCGAGUUGAGACUCAAGGAUAUCGAGUUCUCUGAAAAACACUUGGAAAGCGUACACAAAAUCACCAAGAGAGGAGGUCAAUCGCUUGAAGUCAAACAGAAGAAGGAGGAGGCCGCUUUGGUGGAGAAGAUCAUCGAACUUUUGAAGUCUGGUCAGAGAGUUGCCAACCACUCCUGGUCUACUAAGGAAGUCGAGGUCAUUAACAGCAUGUUUUUGUUGACCGCUAAGCCUUCAAUCUACUUGAUCAACUUGUCAGAGAAAGAUUUCAUCAGGAAGAAAAACAAGCAUUUGCUCAGAAUCAAGGAAUGGAUUGACAAGUAUUCCCCAGGUGACUUGGUUAUCCCAUUCUCCGUUUCUUUGGAAGAAAGGUUGUCCCACAUGAGUACGGAAGAAGCUGAAGAAGAGCUGAAGAACCUUGGCGUUGAGUCGUCCCUUCCAAAGAUCAUUACCACCAUGAGACAAAAGCUGGAUCUUAUUUCUUUCUUCACGUCUGGUGCCGACGAAGUUCGUGAAUGGACUAUCAGAAGAGGUACCAAAGCUCCACAAGCUGCUGGUGUAAUUCACAAUGACUUGAUGAACACUUUCAUUCUAGCGCAGGUGAUGAAAUACGAAGACAUUGUGGAACUCAAGGAUGAGGUGGCGAUUAAGGCUGCUGGUAAGAUGCAACAGAAGGGUAAAGACUACGUUGUUGAGGAUGGCGACGUGAUUUACUUCAGAGCCGGUGCUGGUAAGAACUAA